AUGGUUCUUCACCAGUUUGACUACAUCUUUGCCAUCGGCAUCAUCUUUGCUUUCCUCGAUGCCUGGAACAUCGGUGCCAACGAUGUCGCCAACUCGUUCGCGACCUCCGUCUCAUCGCGGUCGCUGACCAUGAUGCAGGCUAUGAUGAUUGCAACAGUCAUGGAAUUUGGUGGUGCCGUUCUCGUAGGAUCCCGAGUGUCGGAUACCAUCCGUAACGGGAUCAUCUCGACCUCCAAGUUCACCAAGGAGCCAGCUGCCCUUAUGCUGGGAAUGAUGUGCGCCCUAGUCGGAUCCUCUUUGUGGUUGACCUUUGCUACUAAGAUGGGUAUGCCCGUUUCAACAACCCACUCCAUUGUCGGUGCUAUCAUUGGCGUUGGUAUUGCUACUCUCGGAAAAGAUGGUGUGCAAUGGCCUACAAUGAUGGCAAGGGUGUUGCGGGUAUUGUCAGUGCCUGGUUCAUUGCCCCAGCUAUUGCCGGAGGUUUUGCUAUCAUCUUUGAAUCUCGACGAAUUGAGCACUGGACAGGUCCUUGGCGCCAUCUUCGGUGUUGCCGGCGGUGUCGUAUUGUUAUAUGGCAUUUUCUUCCUGCCAUUCCUUUACCGUAAGCUCGAACUUGAAGAUUGGCAGUUGAGGACCUGGGAGGUUAUCUACGGUCCUCUCCUUUGGAAGCGUGGGCCCGUCCCACCCCGUCCAGAGGGCACUGCCGUUGUCCAGGACUACUACAGAGGCCACAAGACAAAGGCUGAUCUCACUACUACCCGUGGAGCUGCCGAUGAUAUUGAACACGCUGCCGCUCCUCAGACCGACGCACAGAGCUCCGAGGAUGGCAUCAAGCGUGGCUCCAGCGAGGCCUCACCCGCCGAGAAGAAUGGAGAACAGACCCUUGAGGCUCAUGAGCAAGAGGCUCUGGGUCCAUGGUAUACCCCCCGCAACCUCUUCGUUAAGGCCAAAUACUCCUUUUUCCGUGGUGUCGACCGGGACGCUGUUUCUGAGCAGAACGCCACUGACGCUACCAACUUCCUUGCCGGAGACCUGGACAAGAUGCACGCUCAAGUCAAGCACUACGACAACAAAACUGAGCAUCUCUACUCCUUCCUCCAGGUCCUGACCGCUGCCACUGCCUCGUUCGCCCAUGGAUCCAACGACGUCUCUAACGCCAUUGGACCACUGACCACAAUCUAUCUUGUCUGGGAUACUAACACCAUCGCCAAAAAGGCCAGUGUGCCAAUUUGGAUUCUUGUUUUUGGCGGUGCUGCUAUCAGUAUUGGUCUCUGGACUUACGGAUAUAACAUGAUGCGUCAGCUUGGUAACAGACUUACUCUGCACUCUCCUAGCCGUGGUUUCUCCAUGGAACUUGGUGCAGCUAUCACCGUCAUUCUGGCCAGUCAACUCGGCCUUCCCAUCUCAACUACACAGUGUAUCACCGGCGCUACUGUUGGCGUUGGUUUCUGCUCCGGAACCUGGAAAGCCGUUAACUGGAGAAUGAUUGCCUGGAUCUACCUUGGAUGGUUCAUUACCAUGCCAGUCGCUGGUAUCAUCUCGGGUUGCCUUAUGGGUAUCAUCAUCAAUGCCCCUAGAUGGUCUGGUGUCGGUGCUUAG